UGCAGAGGCUGGGCCUCCGUGGGGGUUGUUUACAGUCGGAGGUCGCGGCGUGAAUUUCGGGAUGAGUGAGGGGCAAAGCGAGCGCGAUCGGGGCAGCCAGGGUGCUGUUGCCACCAGCACCACCACCACCACGCCGACGGCGGGCGUAUCCCCUCACAGCGCCUGCCCCCUGGAGGUGACCACGGUGGCUAUGGACGCGGCUCUCUUCGAAAGUAGUCAGGCAGGAGGAGCAGAGGAAGCCGUGCGGGCUCCUGAUACUACAGAGAACUCCAGGCAGGCUAACGGGGAGGAGGAGGAUGAGGAAGAAGGAGAAGACGAGGACGAUGAAGAGGAGGAGGAGGAGGAAGAAGAAGAAGAGGAGUUGGAGGAGUUAGAAGAUGAAGAGGAAGAUGACGAAGAUGAGGAGGAAGAGGAUGAAGAGGAGGAAGAAAGCGGCCACAGCGAGACGGUGAUCAGGAAAUGUGUGUACCAGGAUUGUACCGAAACCACCAACCUGGUGGCUAAACCUAGGAAGCCUUGGAUGUGCAAAAAGCACCGCAACAAAACUUACAAGGACAAAUACAAGAAGAAGAAGAGCGUUCAGGCUAUGGAUGAUACAGAUGAAAGACCUACAUCUGCCACCAAACAACGUUUGAGAUGUAUGAUAGUGCAUCAAACGAGUCGUAAAGCAAGCCUCCUUGAGCAAGUUUUAAAUCAAAAGAGAUUGUCAUUAUUGAGAAGUCCAGAAGUUGUCCAGUUUCUACAACAGCAGCAACGAUUGCUGAGCAACCAGGCCCUUGCUCAAAGGCAGCAGUUUCCAGAAUCACCAAUGUGAUGCUUUCUUUGCAAAUAAGAUGGUAAUGUACAGGAGGAUAAUGCUAAUGAAAUGUCUGUAAGUCACUGAAGGUUUUCACAUUUCAGCUGCUUUACUUCAUUACUGUGAGAACAGAGUUUUCUAACACCAUUUUGAAAAAAAUGUUAUUAAUUAACCGUGGUGAUUGUGAUAUUACCAUAUGAAAGGUAUGCUUGUAUUAAAGGUAUGCUUGGAUAUUUUUGAAUAUUCCUGAUUGGUAAUUUGACCCUGGAUGACGAUUGUGCAGAUGAGGUUGAGGGAUGAUGGUAUAAAAUGGAGCAGUUUACUAUUACAGGACCCAGUCUUGUCACUGAGCAUUUUCAAAUUAGAUACAGCAGCUGAGUGCGAAAUAAAGCUCUGUUGCCCCUGCGCCAUCAAUGUACAUCAGCCUAAACAAAAACUAUCAUUUACGUAAUGUUGUAUGUGAAGUCAUCUGAGGAAGUAUUGUGGUGGAGGUAGAAAAUGUAGUGGAUCCUGACUAAGCAAAAAUGAGAAAAGUUGGAAUAGCAAGUAGAUUUUAAAAGAAGAGUCUAUAUGGCUUCUGAAAGCAGAAGGGUGUGGAAGGAUUUCAAGAAUACCUUUAUUGUUUGGUACAAUAUAAUGGAAAGUCUGUGGAGUAUGUAAGGAUAUGUAAGGGUUGUAAUGUUACAGAAAAGCACUGCUAUAGUUUGUGUCUUCAAGCAAAUUGCAAAAUCUGAGCUGAUUUCUGCUGUUCAGAAUUUAAGGUUUGAACUAUUCAUUUUUUUUCUGGCUAGACCAGGUUUUUGUUCAAAUUGCCCUGAAGAUAGUGAUGAAUUGUCAUUUUGAACUACUUAGUUCUUAUUGUGUAGGAAAUACUGUUAGGAAGGGAGUUCCAAAAUUUUGACCCAGUGAAGGAAUGACAAUAUAGUUCCAAAUCAAGGUGGUGAGUGGCUAAGAGGGGAAUGACCAUGUGGUGGUGUUCCUCAAUAUUUGUUCUUCUCCUUCUAAGUGAUGGAGGUUGUGCUGUCAUCUUACAAAUCCUACUGAUGUACAUUCACUCCACACUCUUAUUUUUAAUUAACAAAGGUAAAGUUGGUUGCAGGCACUACAUGAAUAAUCACAAUGCAGACAUUGUAGGAACAAUGCUCUGCAGGAUUAAAAUUUUUCUUCUUCAUCUCAAUUUUUCAGCAGGUUCUUCCUCUUUUGCCUUCACAUAGCCAGCCUUCCAUUGUUAUAAAUAAAUAAUUAUGGCAUCCAAAUAGAAUACAAAUGCUGUUUUACAGAUGCAAGCAUAAUUUUUAAUUCCCAGAUGCCUCGCAGAGAUUAAACACUGCAGUCAACUGUUAUAUUCAUUCAGUUUGAAAUUGGAAAUGAUUAGGUUAGAGGACAUUUGAAUUUCUAGAAAUGUAUGUUUACUAGAUUAUUAAAUGUGUUAAAUACCUUCAAAAGUGAUUUUGUUUGAAAUUUUAAUUACAAUGUAUUAAGCCUGGUCUUUAACAAAUUUUGGAAUAUUGAUUUUCAAAUAA